GGAGUUGAUUUUGCAAUUAUUUGAUCUUCUCCAAACAGUUUCACUCACUUGGAAGGCUAAUUAGUUGGGUUUAAACGAAAUUGUGAACUAGCCAAGAGAUUCUUGUCUUCAUUACAUGAUGAUCAUAUUUUGGUAUCAUACUUUUAUUUCUGCUUGUAGAAAUAAAAGAUGCGUGCCUUUGAUCAGGAAGCUUGUUUUCUGGGCUUUCAAUGCUUGGUGUUUUCUUGUUAUUUAUGUUGAUGUUUUGUUUGCUAUCCAUGUGGCAUUUCCUGUCAAAUAUUGGUUCGGGGGAUUCUUUUAAGGGAGGGUACAGGGGAAUCUUUACAGUUUUCGGGAAGGAGGUUGUUGGAUAUUAAAAAAAAAAAUCUUAAGUUGGGGAUGUGGCUCCGGAAAGGAAGAGGCAUUUCGAAAUAAUAAGCAUUCUUUAGAUUAGUGUGAAGUGUGUUUAGUUAUGUGUUGAGUAUGUGUUAAGUUGUUAAUGAGUUUGGUACUGUAAAUACUUGGUGAGUGAACUGUAUUGUUCUAUUUCUUUGCGCGGUGAUUAAAGUGAUAGUAGGAGCUCAUCAAAUGCCACAGAGAUUCCUGAUGCAAAUAUUGGGGCUGCAGAAAGAAGAGGUUUAACAAGGGGUUGAUUGGGGGGGAACUUGAGAGCUUCUAAGAUGGUUGGGUCCAAAGAGAUGGCAGUAACAGACGUGAAAUCCGGUAAAAUGAUCUUUGAGCCUAUUCUUGAGGAAGGGAUCUUCAGAUUCGAUUGUUCAGUGGAUGAUAGGGAUUCAGCAUUUCCAAGUCUUUCUUUUGUUAAUCCUGAAAAGAGAGACAGGCCGCUUAUGAAUAGUCACAAAGUCCCAUCAUAUACCCCAACCUUUAAAUGUGUUCUUGGGCAACAAAUUAUUGAAAUUGAGCUUCCAACUUGUACCUCGUUCUAUGGAACUGGAGAGGUUAGUGGACAGCUUGAACGGACAGGGAAGAGAGUUUUUACUUGGAACACGGAUGCACUGGGUUAUGGUCCUGGGACUACACCAUUGUACCAAUCACAUCCUUGGGUACUGGCUGUUCUUCCGAGUGGAGAGGCACUGGGGGUUCUUGCAGAUACACCACGGCAGUGUGAGAUUGACUUGAGGAAAGAAUCAACUAUAAAGUUUGUUUCUUCAUCAUCAUAUCCUGUGAUAACAAUUGGUCCAUUUGCUUCACCAACCAAUGUUUUGGUUUCUUUAUCUCAUGCAGUUGGUACUGUUUUUAUGCCUCCUAAGUGGUCGCUGGGCUAUCAGCAAUGUCGCUGGAGCUAUGACUCUGAUACACGUGUUCGUGAGAUUGCGAGGACAUUCCGAGAGAAGGGUAUACCUUGUGAUGUUAUAUGGAUGGAUAUAGACUACAUGGAUGGAUUUCGUUGUUUCACUUUUGACCAGGAGCGUUUUCCUGACCCAAAAUCCUUAGUGGAAGAACUUCAUGUCAGUGGUUUCAAAGCAAUCUGGAUGCUUGACCCAGGGAUCAAAUGUGAAGAAGGGUACUUUGUUUAUGAUAGUGGUUCUGAAAGAGAGAUAUGGAUUCAAACAGCCGAUGGAAAGCCUUUUGUUGGUGAUGUUUGGCCUGGGCCGUGUGUUUUCCCUGACUUUACGCAGUCUAAAGCUCGCUCAUGGUGGGCUAAUCUGGUCAAAGAAUUCGUUUCUAAUGGUGUUGAUGGUAUAUGGAAUGAUAUGAAUGAACCAACUGUUUUUAAGACUGUAACACAAACAAUGCCUGAGAGCAAUGUUCAUCGUGGAGAUAUUGAACUGGGAGGUUGUCAAAAUCACUCGCACUACCACAAUGUUUAUGGAUUGCUUAUGGCAAGAUCAACAUAUGAAGGCCUGAAAUUGGCAAAUGAAAAGAAGCGUCCCUUUGUUUUAACCAGAGCUGGUUUUAUAGGUAGCCAGAGGUAUGCUGCAACAUGGACAGGGGACAACCUUUCUACUUGGGAACACCUUCAUAUGAGUAUCUCAAUGGUUCUUCAACUUGGCCUCAGUGGUCAAUCGCUUUCAGGACCAGAUAUUGGUGGUUUUGCUGGGAAUGCGACACCUAAGCUGUUUGGAAGGUGGAUGGCUUUGGGUGCAAUGUUUCCUUUUUGUCGUGGGCAUUCAGAAACUGGCACUGUUGAUCAUGAGCCAUGGUCUUUUGGUGAAGAGUGUGAGGAAGUCUGCCGCUUGGCAUUAAAGAGGCGCUACCGCCUUUUGCCACACAUAUAUACUCUUUUCUAUAUGGCACAUACGAAGGGGACUCCAGUUGCAACUCCUACUUUCUUCGCUGAUCCAGAAGAUCUCAGGCUAAGAACACAUGAAACUUCAUUUUUGUUGGGGCCGCUUCUAAUAUAUGCAAGCACAAUGAUUGAUAAGGGGACAAACCAACUGCAGCACUUUUUGCCCAAAGGCAUUUGGCGGAGUUUUGAUUUCGGUGAUUCACAUCCGGAUCUACCCGCAAUGUAUUUGCAAGGUGGAUCAAUUAUUCCUCUUGGUCCUGCUAUUCAGCACGUUGGUGAAGCUAGUCCAACAGAUGAUUUAUUAUUACUUGUGGCUCUAGAUGAGUAUGGUAAAGCUAAAGGCAUUCUCUUUGAAGAUGACGGUGAUGGAUAUGAAUUCACCAGAGGUGGAUAUCUUUUAACAACUUAUGUUGCCGAACUUGAGUCUUCAGUUGUUACUGUGAGAGUCUCCAAAACUGAAGGGUCAUGGAGAAGGCCAAAACGACGUUUACAUGUUCAAAUACUAUUUGGUGGAUAUGCAACACUUGAUGCAUGGGGCACUGAUGGAGAGGAUCUUCAAAUCUUGAUGCCUUCAGAAGAUAAAGUGACUAAUAUGGUAUCCAAGAGUGAGAAAGAAUACAAGAUCCAAAUGGAAACUGCCAAGGGAAUUCCAGAGGUCGAAAGGACUUCUGGGCACAAGGGAAUAGAGCUUUCUCAGACUCCUAUUGAACUGAAAAGUGGUGUCUGGGCUGUCAAAGUUGUUCCUUGGAUUGGAGGAAGGAUCAUUUCAAUGGAGCAUCAUCCUUCAGGGACUCAGUGGCUUCAUAGCAGGGUCGAAGUUAAUGGAUAUGAAGAAUAUAGUGGUACCGAGUACAGAUCUGCUGGAUGUUCGGAGGAAUAUACUGUCAUUGAGCGGAAUCUUGAGCAAGCAGGAGAGAAAGAAUCUCUUAUGUUAGAAGGUGAUAUUGGUGGUGGACUGGUUAUUGAACGGCAAAUAUCCCUUCCAGAAGGUAACUCAAACAUUAUCCAGAUUGAUUCAAGUAUUGUAGCACGUAAAGUUGGUGCUGGUUCUGGUGGAUUUUCAAGGCUUGUAUGUUUGCAAGUGCACCCAAUGUUUGCACUACUGCACCCAACAGAAUCUUAUGUUUCUUUUACCUCCAUAAAUGGUUCUAAGCAUGAAGUUUGGCCAGAAUAUGGAGAGAAGUUAUUUGAAGGGGACCUUCGCCCUAAUGGAGAGUGGAUGCUGGUGGAUAGAUGUCUUGGAUUGGAAUUAGUUAACCGGUUUAACAUAGGAGAAGUCUACAAGUGUCUCAUACAUUGGGGGACUGGAACAGUGAAUUUAGAGCUUUGGUCUGAGGAUAGGCCAGUUUCAGAGCAAUCACCUCUUAGAAUUUCCCACAACUAUGAGGUGAGAGGACUUGCUUAAUCAGUCAUCAUCUCCUUGCCCAAGAUGCCAAUAUGUGAAGCAGCAAACUACCAAUGAAAUAUGCGCAGCAAACAUUAUGGGUUUUUUUUUUUUUUUUCGGAUGGUCAUGGCAGCCUUAUUCUUGAGAUGAAACAUGUAAACCUUUUUAGGGUAUUGGUUUUUUGCCUUGAUGGCCUACUCUUCUUCUAAAUUGAUGUCUUUGUUAAUAAUGCUGGAAAGAUGUUACUAUUUUUGCUCUUUGGAAAGGGUAGUAAUUCAGUAACUGUGUUACUAUUUUUGCCU